AUGACAAUUGCUCCAGGAAGUGGCGAUAUUCAGUUGUCUCUCUACUUUGCGAUUCACUUCACGCCAAAGCCGUUGCUUACAGCCGGGUCGUUGCAGUGUAUCGAAGCGAUGUCGCUCAUGUUCGACUCCAUACGAUGGCUGGAGCCAGAUGCCCAGGAAGCCUUGUCUGAGGUUGGCUACAAUCUUAGGCAAGUGGCAAUUGGUAUCAUGAAAGCUCUGGAUUUCUACGCCCGGAGACAAUCCCCUCCAAAGUAUGCAUACCAGGAUAGGCCGUCCGAUGCUAUCGUUGCCCUCCUCUACCUUAUAGAACUCCGAUACGAGUCGUUCACGCCGAACCAUAUUCGCACGGCGCCAGCUCCAUCCAUGUCGGAAAUAGCCCCCACAAAAACAAAAGGGCGAUUAUCGUGCACUCAUUCUAAUAAUCCACCGCGUCCAAGAGGUCUUUCCAAACUCAACUUCUCCGAGCCAACAAACCUAAUCCUCCAUAUCUUCCUCUUCUCCAUCCUUCAGACUCUCUUUCCGCAAUCGAACCCGACCGUCCUCGCAGUCCAAAUACUAUUAGCCAUAUACAUCCUUUGGGAGUCGAUGCAACUCGUACUUCGAUAUCGCACCAGUCCGGCCCUUUUCGGCCCAUUGUAUACUGCAACCUCUCUUAGCUCCUUUUGGAGCGAGACCUGGCACAGUGCCUUUGCCAGUCCCUGCCACUCACUCGUCUAUGGCCCGCUUCGCCGCAAUCUUCCAAUCAGAUUUGGCAUGCCGGCUGCGCUCGCACGUGGCAUAGGAAUAAUCGCUUCAUUCAUGCUGAUGGGGUUCUUCCACGUAUACGCCCUCACGCCGUUAUUACCCCUCGAUGCUCUUUUGCGAAUAUCUGCCUUCUUUUUUCUGAACGGAGUCGGAACAGUGAUGGAAGAAGCAAUGUGGGGACGACAGGUACACUGGGGUAAAACUCUUCUAGCAUGGGUUUUUGAAUUGGCAAUUGCAAGUUGGACAGUGGAAGGUCUUUCGGUUCCCAAGGGCUUGCGGAGUAUUUCAUGGAAGAAUAUCUGCGACGUUGGAAGGGAGGCUGAAGUCAUUUUUAAGGAAUAA